AUGGGGUUGGGGGAGGGGGCACUAAAACACCAGCCCCAACAGCCCUCCUCCUCCUCCACCUCCUCCUCCUCCACCUCCUCCUCCUCCACCUCCUCCUCCUCCACCUCCUCCUCCUCCACCUCCUCCUCCUCCACCUCCUCCUCCUCCUCCUCCUCCUCCUCCACCUCCUCCUCCUCCACCUCCUCCUCCUCCACCUCCUCCUCCUCCACCUCCUCCUCCUCCACCUCCUCCUCCUCCACCUCCUCCUCCUCCACCUCCUCCUCCUCCACCUCCUCCUCCUCCACCUCCUCCUCCUCCACCUCCUCCUCCUCCACCUCCUCCUCCUCCACCUCCUCCUCCUCCACCUCCUCCUCCUCCACCUCCUCCUCCUCCACCUCCUCCUCCUCCACCUCCUCCUCCUCCACCUCCUCCUCCUCCUCCUCCUCCUCCUCCACCUCCUCCUCCUCCACCUCCUCCUCCUCCUCCUCCUCCUCCUCCACCUCCUCCUCCUCCUCCUCCUCCUCCUCCACCUCCUCCUCCUCCACCUCCUCCUCCUCCACCUCCUCCUCCUCCACCUCCUCCUCCUCCACCUCCUCCUCCUCCACCUCCUCCUCCUCCACCUCCUCCUCCUCCACCUCCUCCUCCUCCACCUCCUCCUCCUCUUCCUCCACCUCCUCCACCUCCUCUUCCUCCUCCACCUCCUCCUCCUCCACCUCCUCCUCCUCCACCUCCUCCUCCUCCACCUCCUCCUCCUCCUCCUCCUCCUUUUCUUCCACCUCCUCCUUCUUCUCCUCCAUCUCCUCCUCCUCCACCUCCUCCUCCUCCACCUCCUCCUCCUCCACCUCCUCCUCCUCCACCUCCUCCUCCUCCACCUCCUCCUCCUCCACCUCCUCCUCCUCCACCUCCUCCUCCUCCACCUCCUCCUCCUCCACCUCCUCCUCCUCCACCUCCUCCUCCUCCACCUCCUCCUCCUCCACCUCCUCCUCCUCCACCUCCUCCUCCUCCACCUCCUCCUCCUCCACCUCCUCCUCCUCCACCUCCUCCUCCUCCACCUCCUCCUCCUCCACCUCCUCCUCCUCCACCUCCUCCUCCUCCACCUCCUCCUCCUCCACCUCCUCCUCCUCCACCUCCUCCUCCUCCACCUCCUCCUCCUCCACCUCCUCCUCCUCCUCCUCCUGCACCUCCACCUCCUCCUGCACCUCCACCUUCUCCUCCUCCUCCUCCUCCUCCUCCUCCUCCUCCUCCUCCCCCUCCUCCUCCUCCACCUCCUCCUCCUCCACCUCCUCCUCCUCCACCUCCUCCUCCUCCACCUCCUCCUCCUCCACCUCCUCCUCCUCCACCUCCUCCUCCUCCACCUCCUCCUCCUCCACCUCCUCCUCCUCCACCUCCUCCUCCUCCACCUCCUCCUCCUCCACCUCCUCCUCCUCCACCUCCUCCUCCUCCACCUCCUCCUCCUCCACCUCCUACUCCUCCACCUCCUCCUCCUACUCCUCCACCUCCUCCUCCUCCACCUCCUCCUCCUCCACCUCCUCCUCCUCCUCCUCCUCCUCCUCCACCUCCUCAUCCUCCACCUCCUCCUCCUCCACCUCCUCCUCCUCCCUCCCGCCCGCAUCCCGACGCCUCUGA